AUUGUCGUCGUCGAAAGCUCCAAUUCGCAAUACCUCCCGCAGAUGUUGCCUUUUCGCUCUGCGCAGCAGGACGAAGACCCGCUCGCCGUGGCACUCCGACCGCCUCCAGACGAAACCCCCGACAUGCGUGCACUACGGACGAGGCGAGAGGAGGAGGCAAGACAGGUGUCGAAGAGCAUAGACGAUGCUAUUAGGCUCGAGCGUCAGAUGAACAAGAAGAGGAGAAUCAUCAGAGUACUGCUUCUCGGCCAGUCGGAAUCCGGCAAAUCGACAACUCUAAGACAAUUCCAACGCCUCUACACCCCCACCGCCUUCCGCGACGAACGCAUCCACUGGCGCUCCAUAAUCCAACUCAACAUCAUCCGCUCCAUCCACACCAUCCUCUCCGCGCUCUCUGACGUUCGUAACACUCAGUUUUUGACACUUUCGCCGAGGUCGAGGGCGAGGACUAUUGAUUCGGGGUGGGACGAGACGAGUACGUUGGCGCCGACGGUGGGGAGUGGGAGCGGGAGUGCGAGGCAUGGGAGGAAGGAGUCGGGGGUUGGGGGGUGGGAGGGGGGGAGUGGGCGGGAUGGGGGACGAGAGAGGGAGAGGGAGAGGGAGAAGGAAAGGGAGAGGGAGAGGGAAAGAGAGAAAGAGAAGGAGUGGGAGAGGAUGCAGCAGUUGGGACAAUAUCCCGCCUAUGGACAUUCUCGACAGGAUUGGGACCACGGGUACGGACCUGGGCCUUCGAAUGGGCAUGCUCAUGCUCAUGGUAGCAGUCAUGGACAUGGGCGUGGAUAUCGAAACGGGAACGGGAAUGGGAACGGGAAUGGGAACGGGAACGGAAAUGGGAACGGAUCGAGCUCACCGGUUUGGGGUUCGCCGCCGUCGAUGUCGUAUGCUCAUGCACGGGCUAACGCGUCUGGGUCGGGGUCUGCGUCUGCGUCUGGAUCGGGGUCGGGGUCGAGUAUGUAUCCUACGCAAACACAAUCUCAAUCACAAACACAGGCGAACGCGAACACCAUGAUGUCUUCCUACGGGAGCGUCACAAGCACCACCAUCCCCAACAGUCCGUACCAGUCUCAACAACACCACAACAACCCGUACGCCCACACGCACUCCAUCCCCCUCCCCUCGCACCCAGGCGAAGAAGACAACGAAGACCUCGACGCGCUCGCGGCUCGUUUAUUACCGCUGCAACAUAUCGAGAGUUUAUUGAAAGCGAAACUCGUACCGCCGAAUGAGGAGGAGGCGGUCGAUCUGGGGGCGACGUAUGAUGCUGUUUCUCAUUCCAAUUCAAAUGGACGAGGAGGUGGAGGAGGGGGAGGAGGAGGGGGAGGAGGAGGAGGGUAUGUGAAUGGGCAUAGUACGGCGAGCGGGAUGACGAAGGAGAUAUACGUGCGUCCGGGACGGUGGAGGGCUUCGUUUAUACGGACUGUUGGUAGUACGGCCUCUUCAUCAUCAUUAUCACGACAUGGGAACGGGAACGGGAGGCUGAGAGGCGGGGAUUUGGGGGGGAUAGGGGAGGAGGGUGGGGAUAUGGAUGCGGAAGAUGACGAGGCGCAGGCGGUGUUGUGGGAGUGUAGAGAGGAUAUGAUAGCGCUGUGGAGGUCGCAGAGGGUGAGGGAGGUUUUGGCGCUGAGGAGGGUGAGGUUGGAGGAUGAGAGUGGGUUUUUUUUGAAUGAUUUGGAGAGGGUGACGGAGAUGGGGUAUUUGCCUACGGAUGAUGAUGUUCUCAAGGCACGGCUAAAAACGAUUGGGGUGUCCGAGUAUAAGUUCGAGAUGGAGGCUGGGCCACAGACGGGGACAGAGUGGCGAAUAGUUGAUGUUGGCGGGUCAAGAUUUCAAGUAUCGACAUGGGUUCCUUUCUUCGACGAUGUCGACGCCAUAAUCUUCCUCGCCCCCAUCUCCGCCUUCGACCAAGUCCUAACCGAAGACCACAAAGUGAACCGUCUCGAAGACUCCGUGCUCCUCUGGAAAGCGGUCUGCUCGAACAAACUGCUCGCGAACGUCGAUCUCGUGCUGUUCUUGAAUAAGUGCGAUCUGUUGGAGCGGAAGUUGGAUGCGGGGGUCAGGCUCGCGAAGUAUGUGAAGAGUUAUGGGGAUAGGAGUAAUGAUCUGGAGACGGCUAGUAAAUACUUCCGGAGUAAGUUCAGCGCUAUACAGAGGGCGUAUAGCCCGACACCGCGGAAGUUCUAUGGGUUUUGUACCUCGGUCACGGACACUGCUACGACAGCAGGUAUCCUCGCAAGUGUGCGCGAUAUCGUUCUCAGGCAACAUUUGAGGCAGUCCAAGCUUGUAUAACGACUUUCGGCCACAGUGUUGCCUCGCGUUCCGACUCUUGGCCUCGCGCGUGCGCCUACAUUUAUUACGAUUGGGCUGUUGGAUGACAUCUUAUGACCCCCUACUUACUCACCCGCCUCUUGCUUUUUGUCGACAUGUUGUUUUGAGAUCAUCGAGUCCGUUGUCCGUCUUCGCUUCUGUUUGAGGCUUGUAAUGCACUGUCUGUCAACAUUAAGCACCCCACCCUCCACUGCCCAUCAUCCAGCUCCCAUUUACACUUUUUUACCCCUUCGCCCUCGUCCUCGUUCUCGGCCUGGCUCGUCGAUCCAGAUAUAUCACUCAUCUUUAUGCUUCAAUUCAUACAACCACCCACCCACCACCCAC